AUAGAAUAGAGGAAGGAGUUGCGUCCGUUUUUUUCUUCUCUGACGCUGCGAGCAGUGCCGCCCACAAACAUGGCGAACAUCAGAAAUCUCAAGGGUAUGGUGGGGUUGGUCACAGGAGGUGCCUCCGGUCUGGGCAGGGCUACAGUGGAGCGUCUGAUCAACCGUGGAGCGAGCGCCGUAAUCCUUGACCUUCCCAGCUCAGAAGGCCACAGUGUGGCUGCAGCUCUUGGCGAGCGCUGUGCAUUUGCUCCAGCUGAUGUAACAUCCGAGACAGAUGUGCGCUCAGCUGUGGAUUUGGCCAAAGAGAAGUUCGGCCAUCUGGACCUGGCGGUGAACUGCGCUGGUAUUGCUGUCGCCGUUAAGACGUACAACUUCAAAAAGGAUGUCCCUCACAGUCUGGAAGACUUCAGUAGGGUGAUCAACGUAAAUAUUGCAGGCAGCUUUAAUGUAAUAAGACUGGCAGCAGGGAUGAUGGGCAAGAAUGAACCAGAUGCUGAUGGACACAGGGGCUGCAUCAUUAACACAGCCAGCGUUGCAGCAUUUGACGGGCAGGUGGGUCAGGCUGCAUACUCUGCAUCUAAAGGUGGUAUCGUGGGAAUGACUCUUCCAAUUGCUCGUGAUCUGGCUCCUAUGGGCAUCCGUGUGGUCACUAUUGCCCCAGGUUUGUUUUCUACACCAUUGCUGGCUAGUCUUCCUGAGAAGGUGCAGAGUUUUCUCGCACGACAGGUGCCUUUCCCAUCGCGCCUGGGUGACCCUGCUGAGUUUGCUCAUCUCGUGGCGGCCAUUGCUGAAAACCCCAUGAUCAACGGUGAGGUCAUUCGCUUGGAUGGAGCCAUCAGGAUGCAGCCUUAAGAAGGAGAGAAACACACAGAGGAGAAGACACAACCUGACAGGAUGUGUGUGUGUCUGUGAAAAUAAAAUGGGUUAAUGGUAUAGAGCCAGAUGAGCAUUCCCAGUUUCAGUUCUGCUGCUUGGGUGUGUUUUUUCUAAACCACUGGAAAUCUGUAGAUAUUUUUUUAUAUCAAAUAGUCUUGCUCUGAAUUUCCAACCUGGUUGUGUGAGUACAUUUGCUCUUCAGGUCAGUAACAGCCUUUAUACUGUUCUGGGAAGUGCCUGAAGUGCAUUUACUAAGAUCCUGAUCAGAUUACACACUGCAAAUAAUCAAAUAAUAAAUAAUAAAAUAUCUUGUAGAAAAGCUGGGAAAGUCUUCUCAUUCUGCAUCUGUACAACGCUACAGGCAGCACUAAGGACAGCCUACAGUACAUUUGACCAUCAUCUGUGGUCAUCAUCACGUUUCACAUCUGUUAGGAUUUUUUUUUCUCUACACGUUAAGAAAAGAUAAUGUACAAUACUUUGUUGUUGUCUACAAUAAAAUAAAAUUAAGCGUGGCAGCUCUCGGACAUCAACAAGAACAUUUAAACAACAUUCAUGAAAGAAAUGUAAAUGAACAGGUUAAAAAAGAAAGAAAUAUGAUUAAAUAAAAUGUACACAAGACUAAUAUAUACAAGACUGCACAUAAGUGAAAUGCCUUGAUUAUUGAAAUGUACUGUAAUUGAAGUGGAACUGCUGGUCAUUCCAGGAGAUUCAUCCCUGAUCUCUUCUUUGGUCACUGCUCGUAACCUUGGUGUAACCGUGGACAAUCAACUGUCCUUUUCCUCCCAUGUUACUAAUGUCACACGUUCAUGUCGGUUUCUUCUGUACAACAUCAGAAGGAUUCUGCCGGUUUUGUCCACACAGGCUGCUUGUUCAGUCUCUGGUCAUUUCGAGACUAGACUACUGCUCCUCUCUACUGGCAGGUCUAUCUCUGAACGCAAUUUGUCCAUUACAAAUGAUCCAAAAUGCAGCUGACUUGUUUUCAACCUGCCUAAGUUCUCCCACACCACCCCACUGCUGCUCCUCCACUGGCUUCCAGUAGCUGCAUCAGAUUUAAAGCACUGACCUUUGCCUACAAAGCCAAGAAUGGACCAGCACCAUCUUACCUCAAAGCUCUUAUUACUCCUCACACUGCACCUCGCUCCCUCAGAUCCACUAGCACUGCUGGACUGGUCCCACCAUCUCUCAGGGUCAGAGGUAGGUCUACAUCUAGACUCUUCUCUGUUCCGGAACCGAGGUGGUGGAAUGACCUUCCCCUAGACGUCCGAACAGCCGAGUCACUGACCGUCUUCAAACACCUUCAUCUUCCUGAAGCACUUAA